AUGACUGUGGGCAUUGGAAUAUCUCCGGAGGAGAAGGGCAUCAGCUCACCAACACCAAUCAGCCCUGAGAAAUCUCUUAUUCCUCAACCGAAUAUGGCUUCAUCUUCUACCUCUGUGGCCAGGACGACGAAUACACGGCAAAAACAACGCCAGAAAUCAGCAGCAGAAGCAGAAUCAAAGCCAACGCCAACACCAACACCAACACUACAUCCCUCCCUCGAUCGCACCCUAGUCAAGAAAUCCCUCUCGCGGAUCGCCACCCAUCCCACACUGACCCCCUUCCGCCGCCGCGUCUAUCGCACCUUGCUCUCCGUGCCGCCGGGACGCUGGACGACCUACGCCAGCCUCUCCGCCUACCUGGGUUCUGGGCCGCGAGCGAUCGGCAACGCGAUGCGGACGAACCCGUUCGCGCCGGCGGUGCCGUGUCACCGGGUGCUGGCGACGGACCGCACGCUGGGCGGGUACAAGGGGGCGUGGAACAACGGGGGCGAGUACUCGGUCGAAAAGCGGCGGUUGCUGGUGGAGGAAGGGGUCGAGUUUGACGAGAAGGGGAGAGCGAGGGGGGAGUGUUUCACCGAGUUUGUGGAUUUGGAUCUGGGGAUGAUGAAGGAUUGA